AAGGAAUCUUAGCUGUUCUCCUAGAAAAAAAAACAAUGAAUCAGAGGCGCUUCUAAGUUCCUCACUCAUUUUCCUGAGAGUCAAAUUUGUUUUUAACUUUCCACUUUGCACAAGUUAUUGCUGUACAAUAUUUACCUCACCCUUUCCAUGAACAGGGGAAAAUGAUUGAAAGAGAGAUAAGCAUGUAUCAACAAACUCAGGCCCUUUUAUACAAGAAUUUUCUUAAACAAUGGAGAAUGAAAAAAGAGAGCGUAUUGAACCCUUCAGAGCAACCCAUCUUCCCGAACAGCCUCCUCAUGUCCUGGGAUGUAUGGAUAAAUUUAACGACUCUGAUCGGCUGUGGCGCAUACCCCAGUCACGAACACGACGCAGAGGUUAAUGGAGAAGAUGGCUUUGGCUUCCUUUAUGAAAGGAAGGAUAAUCACGAGGAAUGCUGUUACAGAAAUGAUGGCUACGGCACGUUCAGAAAACUAUCAUGAAAUGGUGGGAACUGUGUUUCGUGAUACUUUUUCAUAUCAGCUGAAGUUUAGUUGGGGAUACGAAGUCCCAAAGAUGGAAGAAAACUCGGAUUACGCAGGUAACUAUAUAAGAAUUGAUUCUAUCUUUUUUGCUGCUUCAUCAAAUCCCCAGCUUGGAAGGACUGAUAGAAAUGUUAAUAAAAUCAAGAAAAUAAAUAAUAUACUUUUUAUUUCUGAACUUAGUGAUCAGUCUUUACUACAGAAUUAUUCUGUCCACCAUUCAAUAAUACUCUUCUUUAUUCCUGUUUUGCAGAAUGCUUUAAAAAAUAUCACGACAAAUCAUUCUGUGAUGGAAAAGUUGACAUCAGUUAUUGGAAUCAAUAUGAGGAUGCCACCUUUCAUUUCUAAUGGAGGUAUUAUAAAUAACUGGUUUACUUUUAUUUGUGUGGUUUAUUUCCCCCCUUUUGUGUACUUCACAUCAUUAAAUGUUACACGGGAAAGAAAAAAGUUAAAGAAACUGAUGACAGUGAUGGGUCUCCAAGAGUCUGCCUUUUGGCUCUCCUGGGGAUUAAUGCCUGCUGGUUUUGUAUUUAAAUUGUCCAUUGUUAUGGUUCUGAUCAUAACAUCUAUCCAAAUUGUAGUAAUUGUUGGCUUCAUGGUGAUAUUCACACUCUUUGUCCCAUAUGGCCCGUCUUUGAUAGCAUUGGCUUUCCUCCUGAGUGUGCUGAUAAAGAAACCUAUCCCGGGUUUGGUUGGGUUUCUCUUCACUAUAUUUUGGGGACGUCUGGGAGUCACUGUAUUAUACAGACAACCUUCAUCUUUGGGAUGGACAUUAGGUCUUAGCCCCUUUGUCUUCAUUGCUGGAAUGACCCAGAUUUUACACAUGGAUUAUUCCUUGAUUGGCGUUAUUUUUCCUGAUCCAUCUGGAGAGUCAUACAUAAUGAUGAUUGCUUUCUUCAUUCUGGCAGUUGAUCUCAUCUAUUUGAUAUUAACGUUAUAUUUUGAGCGAGUUUUGCCUGCUUACUUUUCAAAUACUAUCCUAACCCCCACCCUCUACUAUGGGAAGACACAACGAAGAUGGCCCUUGUUCUUCCCCAAGUCUUCAUUGUGGUCCCAACGUCAAAACACUCAUUAUGAAGUCUCUGAGGAUGAAAUAAAUCCUGAGCAUUCUGAUGACUCUUUUGAACCAGGGCCUCCAGAGUUCCAUGGAAAAGAAGCUAUAAGAAUCAGAAAUGUUACAAAAGAGUAUGAUGGAAAGCCUGAAAAAGUGUAA